AUGCCCUUUGAAGUUGUGAAGCGAUAUGUACUGAGUUUGUGCUGUGAAGCUUGCAAGAAAGUAAUUUUUCAUGUUCCUUCUGAACUAGAGGCCGACACGUUAGUUGGCAGAGUUGAUUUGAAAGAAUGCCUUCCGUCUGCAGACUUUAUCAGUUCCAGUGAUGGGAACUUUAAAAUUCUAGAGGAUGGUUCUGUGUAUACAACAUCUCCCCUUUCUUUGUCUGCUGAGAAAAAGACUUUUAAUGUAUUACUUAAAGACACUCAAGAGCAUGUACAAAAGAAAAUACAUGUUAGCUUGGUGGAAGAAGAAAAAAAGACACAGAAGACCAGGCAGGCUAGAGAUACAGUUCUCAAGAGAACCAAAAGAAGGUGGGGCCCUAUUCCAUCCGUCAUGAUAGAGAACUCACUGGGACCUUUCCCACUACAAAUACAGCAGGUCCAGUCAGACACAGCUCAGAACUACACCAUUUAUUAUUCUGCAAGUGGACCGGGAAUUGAUCAAGAUCCAAAGGGUUUGUUUUACAUAGAAAGAGAAACUGGAAAUAUCUUUGCUACUCGUGCAGUAGACCGUGAACAAUAUCCAAGCUUUCAGAUCAUUUGCUUUGCAACCACUCCAGAUGGUUAUUCACCAGAGGUACCACUUGUGCAUACAAUCAGGAUAGAGGAUGAUAAUGAUAACGCUCCGUAUUUUACACAGGACCUUUUUGAGUUUUCUGUCCUUGAAAAUUCCAAACCUGGUGUGGUUGUUGGAAGAGUGACUGCAGAGGACAGAGAUGAGCCUGAGACUCUGCAUACUUGGUUGAAGUACCGCAUUGUGUCACAAACUCCACCAGUAACCCCAGCAUUUUCUUUACACGGUGACACGGGUGUCAUUGCUGUAUUGUUGCCACAGCUGGACAGAGAGCUGGUAUCCACUUACACUUUGUUAGUUGAAGUGAGAGAUAUGGCCGGUCAGCCUUUUGGUUUGUGCACUACGGGAACAGUUGUCAUCAGAAUUGAAGACACAAAUGACAACGCACCAUCCUUUAAACAGACACACGUACUGAGUUUGUGCUGUGAAGCUUGCAAGAAAGUAAUUUUUCAUGUUCCUUCUGAACUAGAGGCCGACACGUUAGUUGGCAGAGUUGAUUUGAAAGAAUGCCUUCCGUCUGCAGACUUUAUCAGUUCCAGUGAUGGGAACUUUAAAAUUCUAGAGGAUGGUUCUGUGUAUACAACAUCUCCCCUUUCUUUGUCUGCUGAGAAAAAGACUUUUAAUGUAUUACUUAAAGACACUCAAGAGCAUGUACAAAAGAAAAUACAUGUUAGCUUGGUGGAAGAAGAAAAAAAGACACAGAAGACCAGGCAGGCUAGAGAUACAGUUCUCAAGAGAACCAAAAGAAGGUGGGGCCCUAUUCCAUCCGUCAUGAUAGAGAACUCACUGGGACCUUUCCCACUACAAAUACAGCAGGUCCAGUCAGACACAGCUCAGAACUACACCAUUUAUUAUUCUGCAAGUGGACCGGGAAUUGAUCAAGAUCCAAAGGGUUUGUUUUACAUAGAAAGAGAAACUGGAAAUAUCUUUGCUACUCGUGCAGUAGACCGUGAACAAUAUCCAAGCUUUCAGAUCAUUUGCUUUGCAACCACUCCAGAUGGUUAUUCACCAGAGGUACCACUUGUGCAUACAAUCAGGAUAGAGGAUGAUAAUGAUAACGCUCCGUAUUUUACACAGGACCUUUUUGAGUUUUCUGUCCUUGAAAAUUCCAAACCUGGUGUGGUUGUUGGAAGAGUGACUGCAGAGGACAGAGAUGAGCCUGAGACUCUGCAUACUUGGUUGAAGUACCGCAUUGUGUCACAAACUCCACCAGUAACCCCAGCAUUUUCUUUACACGGUGACACGGGUGUCAUUGCUGUAUUGUUGCCACAGCUGGACAGAGAGCUGGUAUCCACUUACACUUUGUUAGUUGAAGUGAGAGAUAUGGCCGGUCAGCCUUUUGGUUUGUGCACUACGGGAACAGUUGUCAUCAGAAUUGAAGACACAAAUGACAACGCACCAUCCUUUAAACAGACACACUAUGAAACACGAGUGGAGGAAAACAGAGUGAAUGUAGAAAUACUGAGAGUCUCUGUUGUUGAUCUUGAUGAACCUGGUUCACCUGGCUCAGGAGCAGUGUAUGAAAUUAUACGAGGAAACGAUGAUCGGUCCUUUGAAAUUACAACAGAUAAAAACACAAAUGAAGGAAUAUUGUGUGUUGUCAAGGGACUGGACUACGAGGCCGCCAAGCAAAGGAUCCUUGUGAUUGCAGUCAACAACGAGGCACCCUACAUGCUGGCGCCACAUUCCCAACAACUUUCCCAGAGCACCAGCUCUGUUACAGUACACGUCCUGGAUAUGGAUGAGGGGCCGGUGUUUAAACCCUGUCACUUACGCAUCGACGUUAAAGAAUGCGAGGAUAUUGGGACGAGUAUCGGGAGAUACGUUGCAGAAGAUCCAGAAACUGGAAAUAGUGAAGGCAUAUGCUACCGGAUACCACCUGGCCAGUGUAAUUGGAUCAGCAUAGAUGAAAAAUCAGGUGAAGUCAGAACUAUUAAAGUUUUGGACCGAGAUGUAGGAGAAAUGAGACGAGGUCAAUGCAAUAUCACAGUCCUCGCAAUAGACAGAAAUGGCAAAACCGGCACUGGAACGAUUCAGGUUGUCAUCCAGCCUGGGAACAAGAAUUUCCCACGAAUCGCUAAAACUGACUAUAUAAUGUGCAGAGACAGAAAACCGAUUUGCCUGACUGCACAGGAUGAUGAUGAGUCUCCUUACAGCAUACCCUUCGCUUUUCACAUAAAUGACCGUAGCUUGGCUUCCUCUUGGAAGAUAACUCGACACAACGAUAAUUCUGUGUAUCUUUCACCGAAGGGUGAUAUUCCAUUUGGAAUAUACAGGAUUCCUGUAAGUGUGACUGAUAAUGGAGGAAAGGUAGGAGAGCACUACAUAAGAGUUAACUACUGUGAUUGCGUUACUCCAAGUGAAUGCAAUGGUGGACCCCGUGUCUUUGCUGGUGGAAAUGUUACUCUUGGCCUAUGGGCCAUCCUUGCAAUGAUCUUAGGAUCGCUGUUAUUGCUGCUAAUCCUGAUCACAAUUUGUGGCUGCUGUGGCUCUGGAGUAAUGCACAGGCAAGUCACUGAUGAUUGUGCCAAUCACAACUUAAUAAUUUCAAACACAGAAGCUCCCGGAGAAGAAGUGAUGGAUCACAAUAUAAUUCCUCUACAAAACACAUGUGAUCAAGGAGGAUACGGAAUUAAAACAGGAGAUCAGCAAACAUUUGAAAUGGUAAAAGGAAGAGGGCAUACCUUGGAAUCAGUCAAGGGAGGUGGACAUCAGACUCUGGGAUCAGUGAAAGAAGGAGGAGGAGGAGGAGGAGGACAGCCUAUGAUGGAUACUUGUAGAUAUUCCUACUCAGAGUGGCAUAAUUUCACACAUCCUCGUUUAGGUGAAAAGGUGCACCUAUGCAGACAGGAUGAAGAACAGAAGCAUUCUGAAGAUUAUCUCCUUUCAUAUAACUAUGAAGGAAAAGGAUCCUUGGCUGGCUCUGUAGGCUGCUGCAGUGAUCAGCAUGAAGAAGAGGCACUUGACUUCUUAGAUCAGCUGGAACCCAAGUUUAGGACACUAGCAGAAACAUGCAUAAAAAGAUAAAUGUGCCUUUCACAGUGCUGAAAAAAACUGUAAAUAAGUGGCUGUCAUACUUUCGUGAUAUUAGGCAUCUUGGAAUUGAAAGGGGGAGAGGUUUAUUAAAAUUAAUAUAGACUGGUGAGAGUGUAACUAACUCUUACUUUAAAUUUACAACAUUUUUUUUAUCUCUGCUAGACACAUUCCAUCAAAAACAAGGGAUUAAAAAUAUUUUUCUUUAGACUAUGUUAAUAUAGUAGUGAUAGUUUCUACUUAGACUACAUUUCCUAUUCUUUAUGAUUACUUAAAACGUAAAACUUGGUGUUGUCUUUUUAAUUAAUUAUUCAGCUUCAAAAUUUUACUGCAUUUGGCUUUGGAGAAGGAAAGCUUUUUAACUCACUGUUCCUUUGUUUUCUGUUAAUUCUGUAGAAAUAAACCAAAAAACAUUACUGGUGGAUAUGAAAUAACUUUGCUAAUCUUUAACUUAUACAAACUGAGAUACAAAACACUUUUUCCUUUUUCACAUUAAAAAUGCUAUGAAUAAAUUAGAAAAUUUUAUAUUUUGAUUGAAAUUUAAAUAUAUAUAUUGUAUAUAUGUAAAAUAAUAUUAAAAAUAUAUUUUUCUCCUAAUGGGUUACUACCCAUCAAACUUGCUAUCCUAAGGGAUUUAUGGCAUCACCACAUAGGGUAUAAGCAUUGUAUGCGAGCAUGUAUUUUUCUUUUAAGGAAAGAAAAGAUUUAAAAAAAAAAAAUCAGGAACAUAGGGGUAACUAUCAUACUUCAAAUGAAUGCAAGACAAAUCUCAUGUUUACUUGACAUAAGUUUGUACCUCAGUUUCUUGUGAGUUUUAACAUAAUAUCAUUGUAGAAAUUAUGAACGUUGCCAAGAGUUUUGUCCAGUGUAAACUACCACUACUUUUUUUUUUUUUUAACUUGCCUUAUUAUGGACUUCAUUAAACUGUUUCUUUCUGUAAGUAGAACUUGACAGAAGGUACAGCUCAAAUAGAUUGGACAUACACUGCAUUAAUAAUGUAUUUUAAAGAAAGCUUUAUUUGAGAUGCAAAAUUAUAUUGGGAUAAAUUGUCUGUUUUGAGUGUAUUAUGUAGUGGUUGUAGAGGUAAGCGUUUACACAGAUCUCUGGCAGAAAUCAUCUGAAUCCCAUUUGUUAUUUUACUAGAUUAAGCAUACAUAUACACUAUAUAUAUAUACAAAAGUCUGAAAUACCUUUGGCAGAUGACAGUAGUGAGAGCUGAAUGCUGUCAUAAGCUAUUUCUGGAAUUCAACCUCUGCUUCCCAGGUUUUCUGUGUUUUAAUAUUUGCACUCCUGGUUAAGUAAUCUGUCUUCUGCACUCUGGGAAUUCUUUUGUGCCUUGAAAGAAUGUCUUCCUGCAUAUGAGAAAGGGAAACUUGUACAAUUGCUUAUUUUGUUGCUAUAAUUCUGCUUUUAGGAUUUGCUCUGUAAACAUAUGCCUUAAGGAGAUAUUUUUUAAAAUUUGCUAUAACUAAUGAUCUGUAAAAGGAAUUAUUAGUAACAACAAAGAUGGAUGCUGCUCUAAAUUUCAGUGCAGAGCUGCUGCUGACUUCCGGUGGUUCACUCCACCCAGAAUAUGGUCAGUGAAAAUCUGUAACAGUAUAAAAACUUAUCAAAGUUAUAAAAUAGUACUUUUAAAACCUUCCGUUUCACACUGGAAACGGGCUUCAGAAUAUUUCUGAUAAAAACUAGCUGUGGUUAAUAACUUCAUAGGCCAAUGUUAAAAUGUAUUUUAUUCUAUUGUUUGAAAGUGGGGAUGAAUUCGUCCUGAACGAGUCUCCAGCAGCAAUAUACUAGAUGGGAACCAAAGUGUUACGAACUGACUUUAUUUAAGAAAUGCAAGCUAACACUACAGUUCUGAACGCUACUCUUCUUUGUCACUAACAUACAUGAGUUUUGCUGUAAAUGGAUAGGCAGACCUGUGGCUGAUGUAAGUCAGGAUAGUUCUGCUGGUGCCAGUGGAGAUAUGCUGACUUUAUGCCAGGUGAAGAUCUGUCCCCUAAUGAUUUACUUGCUUCUUUGUGUCUUGCAUCUUUAUCUGUGGUUAUUGGCUAUACACUUUUUAAGGUAAUGUUAAUGUCUCCCCCCCCCAUCCUCUUUUAAUGUUUGGUGGUUUGUUUGUUGGGUUUUUUUUAAAUUAUAUAAAAAUUCUAUAGUUCAGAAGGACCUAGGAUAAAUAACAGAAUGCACUCUUUUGAAAAUUACUUGGGGCAUGUCAUAGAGAAACCUCUGGAAAUAGGGUUUCUUUCCUCAUGAAAUAUAUUAGUACAGUUCUAAAAGAAUAGACCAAAUUUGGAUGAGCUUUAGUUGAAUUGGUGUUGGCUAUUUUAAGUAGAUGGUUGACAACUUUCCACUCUGGAGUUAAAAUUAUAAAUUACUGAAAUCAAAAUAAUGUUUCCUGGUCUAAUUUACCUUAACAAUGUUUUAUUAUUUUUUUUUGUUUUGUUUUACAUUUCAAAAAGCACAGAUAAUUAGUUAGUUGCAUUUUUUGUCUGUUUUCAAACAAAGCCCAAAUUUGGAAUCACUUGUUUGUCUCUUAAAAAUUAAAGUUCUGAACUGAACCAGCUAUUCCUGUAAAACCAAGAGUAGAAAGGUAUUUGAGAUGCUUUAAGAAAUGAACUGUAAAACAUUAUUUUCAUUGUAUCAUCAUGUGAAUGAAAACUUUUUAUAAAGCAUUAAGGUUUACAGAUACUAAGUACCAAAUAACAUUUGUAUAAAGCUUACAAAUGGAAUAUUUCAAAAUAUAUAAUUCACUUGUUGUUACUUUCUUGAAUCCCCUUAAAAAUUGUGAAGAUUUGUUCUCUUCAACUUGGUAAUUUGCAACCUACCUAGCUAUGUCAACAUUAUCUUAACAUCAUGUUUAGGAAUAUUUUGUACAACAGUGAGUAAUAAAUUUUUUUCAAAAUAAAAGGAACUUCUACAAAAA